AUUUCCCACAAGCAAAACAAGAAGAUGAAAAUGAGUGUUAUUCCCUCUUUCAUGAUCUUGAUUCUCCUUCUGUUGAUCCAUAGAAGCAAUGGGUUUGACAUCACCCAAAUCCUGAACCAAUACCCGGAUUUCAGCAACUUCAACAGCUACCUCACACAGACCAACCUAGCGAGCGCCAUCAACAGCCGCAACACGAUCACCGUCCUGGUCGUGGACAACGCCAACAUUGCCUCCCUUUCGGGCAAAUCACCCGAGGCCAUCAAGAACAUCCUCAGCGUACACGUCAUCCUCGAUUACUACGAUGUCGCCAAGCUCCAACAGCUUGCGGCCACCUCACCCCUCCCCACCACCUUGUUCCAGAGCAGCGGCCUCGCUCUAGGCCAGCAAGGCUUCUUGAACGUGACUCACCCGAGUGCAGCCAGCGUUACAUUCGGCUCUGCCAUGCCCGGCUCCACCCAAAGCUCCGCCCUUGUCAAGUCUGUCACCUCAGAGCCUUACAGCAUAUCAGUUCUCCAAAUCAGCAGUCCCAUCAUUCCCCAAGGCAUUGAUGCUGUCAAAACCUCAGCCCCCGCGGCUACCACUGCCGCCACGGCCACUCCCCCACCCCCAGCACCCGCCACUGCCAACGCCACCACCACCACCACCACCACUCCCCCACCCCCAGCACCCGCCACUGCCAACGCCACCACCACCGCCACUCCCCCUCCCCCAGCACCCGCCACUGCCAACGCCACCACCACCACUCCCCCUCCCCCAGCACCCGCCACUGCCAAUGCCACCACCACCACUCCCCCACCCGCCAAUGCCACUGCCACAGCCACUCCUCCACCCGCCAAUGCCACGGUCACGGCCCCACCAACCAAGGCAACCCCUCCAACUAAGGCUGCUGCCCCAACCAAGGCUGCUGCCCCAACAAAGGCGGCUGCGCCAACAAAGGCGGCUGCUCCAACAAAGGCGGCUGCGCCAACCAAGGCUGCUGCCCCAACCGUGGGGGCCACUCCAUCUGCUGCCCCCGGCUCUGCCUCGUCCCCUGCUGCAUCGGCCGAUGAUACUCCAGCAUCAGAUGAAUCGGGUUCGAGCGAACCUGCAGCCAAGGGUGCAGCAGCGGCGCUCGAAAUUGGCGUGGCCGUGGUAUGCACAAUGGCGUUGUCCACCCUCCACCUAGCAUCAACAAUUUGA